UCUUGCUCAAAUCGUGAGGUACGAGCUUAUUGCUCAAAUUGGUCGGGCAAGAUAUUCAGAAACCAAACACCUCGAUCAUCCUGGCACCGUGCAUGGCUUCUUCCCCGCGUCUUCCUCUGCUCCUCGCCGUCAUUGCCACACUCUGCGCGGCCGCGGUCGGUCUGGACGCCAUACCCGUGCGUCCAUUAGGGCCUUCCUGCUCGACCGAAGAUAACUACACCGACGGCAGCCAGUACAAGAAGAACCUCGACCAGCUCCUCGCCGGCCUCCCCGCGGCAGCAGGAAGCAACGGCUGGUUCUACAACGGCACGGCUGGGGUGCCGGGGACGGCCGACCAGGCCUUCGGCCUCAUCAUGUGCUACGCCGACCGCAACGCCACCGAGUGCCAGGUAUGCCGCGACGGCGCUCCCGCCGAGAUCACCAAGGUGUGCCCAGGAAGCCGGACCGUGCGAGCGGCGUACGACUCCUGCGUGCUCCAGUACUCGCCGCCUCCCACCUUCUUCUCCCGCGCCAACCUGCAAAUUCCUUUCCUCGUGCGCACCAGCGCGCCCGGCGUCACCGUCGACCCGGACAAGAUGCUCAACGCGUGGCUCACGCUCAUGACCAGCCUUACGGGGCAGGCCGCGAGCUCGCCGUCACGGGUGGCGAACUCGUCCACGCCGUACGACGAUAACGCGACGAUGCCGGUGUACGGCCUGGUGCAGUGCACGAGGGACCUCAACUCGACGGAGUGCAGCAGGUGCAUCUCCUUCCUGGUCGGGCUGCUCAGGAAACGGUUCACCAACGACACCGGCGGCGCCAUCAAGGCGUACAGCUGCUACGUGAGGUACGAACUUGGCGCAUUCGACAUCACCCUGCCGCCUGAAUCGCCGCCGGCGUCAUCUCCACUGCCGGAAGGAUCAUCGUCUUCCUCAGGAACAGGGCUUGUGGCCGGCCUCUCUGUCGGCUCUGUCUUGUUAUUGAUCAUUUUUGGCUCCUUCAUCUGUCUCUCUCUACGGCGGCGGCAGAGGAAGCAAGCUAAGAUCCUUGAGCAGCAGCUGGAAGAGGGCAGCUUCUUCGACGGCGACGAUCCAGCCAUGGAGGACGACUUCGAGAAAGGGACCGGCCCAAAGCGGUUUCGAUACGGCGAGCUCGCCAUCGCCACCGACAACUUCUCUAACGAGAACAAACUCGGGGAAGGAGGCUUUGGCUCGGUGUACAGAGGACACCUCAAGGAAAUGAACCUUGAUGUGGCCAUCAAGAGAGUGUCCAAGGGGUCCAAGCAGGGGAGGAAGGAGUACGCCUCCGAGGUGACCAUCAUAAGCCGGCUCCGGCACCGGAACCUCGUGCAGCUCAUCGGCUGGUGCCAUGGCGGCGGCCAGCUCCUCCUCGUCUACGAGCUCAUGCCCAACGGCAGCCUCGACACGCACCUCUACGGCGGCAACAACGCCGCCGUGCUGCCAUGGCCAGUCAGGCAUGAGAUUGCGCUGGGACUGGCCUCUGCACUUCUGUACCUUCACCAGGAGUGGGAGCAGUGCGUCCUUCACAGGGACAUCAAGCCAAGUAACGUAAUGCUGGAUGGAUCCUUCGCCGCCAAGCUCGGUGACUUCGGGCUCGCCAGGCUCGUCGACCACGGCCGUGGAUCGCACACCACGGUGCUCGCCGGAACCAUGGGGUACAUGGACCCGGAAUGCAUGAUGUCGGGCAAGACUAGUGCCGAGUCGGACGUCUACAGCUUCGGCGUCGUCCUCUUGGAGAUCGCCUGCGGCAGGCGGCCUCUGGUGAUGGCGAAGCACGAGGACGACGCGGUGCACUUGACUCAAUGGGUCUGGGAUUGGUACGGCAAGGGAAGGAUCCUUGACGCCGCCGAUGAGCGGCUUGAAGGAGAAUUCAAUGGCGGGCAGUUGGAAUGCGUGAUGACCGUCGGGCUCUGGUGCGCUCACCCCGAUCGGAGCCUGAGGCCGUCGAUCAGGCAGGCCGUCAACGUGCUGCGCUUCGAGGCGCCGUUGCCGAGCCUCCCGGCGAGCAUGCCUGUGGCGACCUUCAUGCCACAGGUUGGUGCUUUCACUUCCACAUCUUCGGCUGUGACAGGAGGCACCAGCAGCAGCACUGGAACAUCUUCGGUUGCAACAGGUGUCAGCAGCAGCACUUCAGUUGUAACAGGCGUCAGCAGCAGCAGCGCCGGCACCAAAACAUCCUCCUUGUUGAAAUGAGAAGCAGAUCGGUGGGCCUUUUUUGGGACCAGAUUAGGUGUAGCAUCAGAUUGAUUUUUGACUAUCUAUAGAGGCAAAAGUAAUAGAAUUUGAUUCAUAGAA